AUACUAAUAAUGAUAUCAUUAUUUUUCAACUACAGCAUAGAACCAUGGGCAAUAAAAUGGGACAGCCAUUGCAACCACCACUGCAACUUGGAGGGAAACAGCAGUCCUUUUGUUCUUUGCCGACCGAUGAAUUACUAACCUUAGUAGGGAAUGAACUUUGUCAGAACUUAGCUACUAUUGAAAGCAUGCAAAGAACAAGAAAAUUCGAUGACCGUGCGAGAGAAAUUGUUUGUCAACUAAUGAGGGACUUAGAGCAGAAGCUAUAUAUCUUCAAUCAAGACAUGGCUGGAAAAAGCUACUCACAAGAUAGGAAACAACAAGAUUACAAAAUACAAAGUCUUAAACAAGAAGUGAACAGACAGAGUGAUAAAAACAACAAAUUGCAAAUGGAGAAUAUACGUUUAAAUAAAUUGCUUCAAGAAACACAUAGAAACAAAAGCGAUUCAGAACAAACUGCCAAAGCUGAAACGGAACGCCCGAAGCAACAUAACGUGGAACCAUUAAAGAAACAAAGUCAGCAAGUAAAAACCACACAUGGAAAGCAGACUGGGAGAGAUAACCCGAUAGAAUCAUUGAGAAAGCAAUGCCAACAAAUGGAAAAAGACAAUAAAGAACUCCUCGACGAGAGGGAAAUAUUGAAAACACAUAAUUAUUCGUUACAGACAUAUUCCAACCAACUUAAAGAAGAAAAAGAUCAAUUAUUGCUUCGGCUCAGUAAAUUAGCCGGAGACAAACAUGUUGAUAACAAUACUGCAAUUACCGACCUGAGCGAUCCAAACCGGCCUACAAAGCUUGGAGAGUUUUACAGUGAGAUAUACGACAAUGAAUGGACCGAUGCUUUUGAGGCGUUAGUUAGUGGUGACUACGAUGAAAUAACAGCGAUUGAAACAUUAAGACUGACGCUGUUGAACGUGAUACAAUUCUGUGAGGGCAAAGCUGAUCUUUUGUUACAAAAAGCUUCAGAUGCUGUAAAUCUACUGUUUGAAGAGUAUCGACAAUCUGUUAUGGAAAUUAGAACAUGGAAGCCAUAUCAUUUCGCAAUGCCAAAACGACAGGCGCGAAAUGUCGCACAGUUUCUCCGAGGUGAGAAGUCUUCGUUAGUAGAUAUAAAACUACAGCGCAGAUGGGAAGCUAAACUUAAUAGAACCAACGGAGAUGCUAAAACGAGUUCCGAAAAAGUACUGAAAGAAGAACACUCAAAACUGAACGCUGAUACUAAAUUGAAGCAGCUGCGAAAAGAUAUGGCAUCAUCAAUGGUGCCUAUUGUGCAAAAGGUACUGAAAGAAGAACACUCAAAACUGAACGCUGAUACUAAAUUGAAGCAGCUGCGAAAAGAUAUGGCAUCAUCAAUGGUGCCUAUUGUGCAAAAGUGGUACAUUGGAGCAAGGUGGACAAACAGAUGCAUAGAAGAACUAAACCCAUACAUUAUGAAGUGCCUUUACCUAGGCUGGAUGAUGGUGGUCCAGACGCCACCGCUGGUCCUACAUGAAUUUCCCACCGAAAAAGAGAUAAAAUUUGAUAAAACCAUGUACAAAGAAUACACCGCAUCCGGACCUCUAGUCAGUUACGUAGUUUGGCCAGCGUUGUUGUUAGAGGAAAAUGGACCUGUCAUCUGCAAAGGCGUGGCAGAAGGGCAGAAACCCUAAAACUAGAUGUUUAGGUGUAGUGCUGAUAAACAGAUGCAUGACUUGUGAAAAUGACAUAGCUAACACAAUAUUGGUGAUCUGCGAAGUGUCUUUUAUAUAACCACUACAUUUUAUGUUUUCGUGUUUAUCAUACUUAAAAAUUAUAAAUUUUUAGCUGAUUAAAUGAAACGCAAUAUGGCCAGUGUGAUGAGGAAAAUGAACUUGUCGUGUCUUAUGAAGAAUUCGGAUCGUACGUUUUCCGAAGGAAUUCAAAACAAUCAUCAUAACUAUACACGACUUUGUAUUAUUUUUUGUUUAUCAGUUUUAAUUUUAUUUUGUGUUAAAAUCUUGAUCUUCAGGCCAUGUUUUUACAAUAUCUUCAUACAAUGUGGUGUUGAAAGCCAACAGUGGAACAUAAUUCUCUUCAUGUUCUAAACCGAUUUUCAUAACAUAUAUUUCAUGCCUUUGUGCUUCAUAAUAAUUUCCAUAAUUAAUUUUGAAGAACGAGAGCUGAAGGCUCAGAUAUCAUUUACAUUCGUUUGAGUUUUAAUCCAAUAAACAGUUAUAUUCAACGUUUUUGUUUAAACUCUUGAACUCAUCUCAUUGCAUAAGUAUUAUUUUAGACAUCUUACAUACCGAAUCUAGAACUUUCUAAGAAUUAUCGUACUCUAAGCAAAUGUAAAGCAGGCAAAUUUGAUAGUUUUUUUUCUGUCAUUUCAAAAUAUUUUCAUCUCUGUCUUUUAUCAUGAACACUAUAUGCGUUAAUUUUCAGGAAAUAACCACCCUCCCCCUCAAUUUUACAAUUUGAUAGUUUUCCUCUUUGCUUUUAUCUAAACUUCUAAAGACACAAGUGGAAAACUCAGUGACAGACAAGUUUGAAAGAUGGUUGAAAAGAACACCUGGUCUUUCGUAUUUUCAAAUUUGUCGACUCUUUUGUUAUGCCGGACACUCAAUGGUAGUUCUUUAACAAUGUCAAGGGUUUCAUACAUGUCACAGGGUGAGAAAAAUGUGCAGUCAGUCCGGGGCUCGAACCCGGGACCCCUCGCUUACAGGGCGAGUGCUCUACCGACUGAGCUAACCGGCUGCCUGACACAGCUUCUCCCCUAACGUGACCAAAUCCGUACUGUGACAUACAUAUCUAGUCCGUAAGUUUGUUUUUGUUUAUAUACAUCUUGUAAUAUAUAACACUUAAGUAUUUAUGUGGUUAACAUCUAUUGACAUUCGCUACCAUUGCGUUUGUUAAGGAUUUGGCUAAUAUAUAAUUUUUAUUGACAUAGCCCUGACCCUUUGGAGCAGGGAUAAACAUUUAGACAUUUCUUGCAAAUUUAGCAGGCUUAAACCAACCAGAGGUGCUUUUGCUACUGACUAUUCCUAGGUGAAGCCCCACUAUAUGUUUGUGUUUCAUUCUCAACUUGAUUUCGUCUAUGUAUGCGUAUGUACAUGUUCAUUGCAUACUCUUUUGGUAGACUGCUGUGGCUGUCUUUUGGAUCUUAUGAUUGUUUUCAUCAUUUAAAUACAUCAAAUUAGUAGAAAUAUUCAAUUAUGGUUUGAAAAGGAACGUCUGGAAUAUUAUUUCCGCAUUUAGAGUAUGUCAUUCGUAAGUAGUUUACGUUCCUGUGCAAAUUGUCAGUCUUUGGCAAAAUUUUAUAUCAUGAAUAAUGCUAGAAGCAUAUAAUGAACGUAUUUAAAUGUUUUAAGAACAAUAGCCGAUUGUAAUAUAUUAAACUGUAGUCAGCAAAUGCAAUUAUUGUCUGUUUUUGUUUCUCUUUUCUUAUCUAUGCAGAAAGUGUAGUAAGUGUGUUACGUAAAUUUAGAAUAUACAUUUCUCGAAGAAACACA